UUAGAGAGAGAGGGAGACAGAGAUAGAGCAUGAGCAGGGCAGGGGCAGAGACAAGUGGAGACACAGAAUCUGAAGCAGGCUCCAGGUUCUGAGCUGUCAACACAGAGCCUGACGUGAGGCUUGAACUCACUGUGAGAUCAUGACCUGAGCUGAAGUCAGGUGCUUACCUGACUAAGCCACCCAGGAACCCCAAUAAUAGCUGCCUUUUAGAGUACUUAGUAGGUGUUGGUGCCUUACUAGGAGCUUGUCUGGCUGUCUCUUCUAGUCUUCCCAGCAUUCCCACGGGUAGACAUCAUCUUCCUCCCUAUUUCACGUAUAGGGAAACUAAGCUUAAGAAAGGUGAACCCAUCAUCCAGAAUGCGGUGAAAAGGUGACGGAGUCAGGCCACGUUGACCACUAAGCUAUACUGCCUCCUUCACGUGACAGGGGGUUUUACAGUUGAGCUAUAAAGAUAAUUCCAACCUUCCUCUUUUUCUUCUUCCAUACCGCCCCUUCCUGCCCCUCCCCACCCAACAAAGGGAAAGAAAAUUCUAUUAGUAUAUUCGUGAUUACUUAGCGUAAAUAAAUAAUGACAACUGCAGGAGUUUUGGACGGUUUGCAAGAAGAACUGAAGAAAGAAAAAGAAAACUCUCUCCCUGGUUGUAUGCCUUCGUAUGCUCCUGCUCUCCAACGGGCUGGCUCUCCAUUCACUGCCUGCUGCUGGAGUCCAUAAGAGACUCCACAUUGCUGUCAGAAUGAAGCCAUUAGAGAAAAUGCCUCACUGCCUUUCAAGAGGACAGACAGGAAACAUCUUUCGCUUUCUUUCUCUUACUCUUAUCCUCUCCCUUUUCCUUCCUCAGCUCUGUUCUUUUGAAAUAAGUAAUGGCUAACAUCACCCAGGCGUUGGGUAACGUGAGACCUCCCAGGGCACAGUCUGAGAACUCUAGCUCUAAACACACACACACACACACACACACACACACACACACACACACUGCAGGCAGCCGUUUGGGGCCCUGCUUUCUGGCAGCCUCACCGCUCUCAUCAGCUCCUGCUAGAUCACAGGACCCAGUGGUUACAGAGCCGGCCUCUGCGCCUGCACGUAAAGCAUGCUUUAAUAAUAAAAACAUCGAGUUGGGCUCGUCCAACUUCAAACAUUCGGUGAGUCUCUCAGCCUUGGGUCCUAGGGGAUCCAAAAACCUCUCAGCGGAGUCAGGACUACGCUGUGGCUGGUUUGUGGAAGCAUCCUUUCAUUUGUGGUAUUUUACAGCAAGGGUACCAAGAGAGUUUCCAAGUGACAGCAGCACCCUAUACCUACAUAACAGUGGAGGGCGGAGGGGGAAGGAGGGGAGCAUCGGGCUCCUCAAAUGCCUGGAUUCCACACGCCUUCUUCAUAGUUCUCUGCUCUGUUUCUUAGAGGGCCUCCCAAAUUAUACAAUUUGCAGGCCGCUUAAAACCUAGAUCUGCCCCCAGCUGGGUGACUUUUUGAGCAGCGGUUCAAUCCAUAUCAUGUUUGACUAAGAAAUUUAAACCCUUGAAGGUCAAAUAUGGAGAGGCUGGUGCAAAUAAUAUGAACAACUAACAUUUCUUGAGUCUUUACGUGUAUUAGGCACUCUUUUAAAUAUUUUUCUUAUAUUAAGUUCUUCAAUCCUUGCAAAAAGCCUAAGCAGUAAGGUCUAUUAUUCGCCCAUUUUUUUUUAGGAUGGGGAUAUUAAGUUACUCACCCCAGAGUUCCAGCUGGUUAGUAACAAAGAUUGUACUUGAGCCUGGGAAGUUCGCAUCCAGAGCCUGUGCUGUUGGUCACUGUCUAUUUCUCACUCCUCAUCGUAAAGGCUCUUCUGCAGAACAUACUUACAUUGUAAUAAGUAUAGAGCUUAAUAUAGUGUAGACAUAUUGUAAGUACAGAAUAUAGAAUAGAAUUCUAUCUGUAUUCAAAGUUUGACUUAAAUCAGUGCCUUGAUCUUAAUUUUAAAAAUUAAAAAAAAUUUUUUGGGGGCUCCUGGAUGCUCACUCGAUUGAGUGUCCCAGGGCUGAGAGGUCGCGGUCUCACGGUUCAUGAGUUUGAGCCCCAUGUCAGGUUGGGUUCUGUGCUGACAGGUCAAAGCCUGCUUGGGAUUCUCCAUCUCCCUCUCUCUCCGUCCCUCCCCUGCUCAUGUAAUCUCUCUAAAAAGGAAAUAAACAUUAACAAAAAUUUAAAAAAUUCUUUUUAUUUUACUUGUAAAUAAUUGUAUCUUUGCUCACAUCAAAAGAAAUUCCAGGUCGUAUUACAAAAGGAAGCAGUUAACUUCUGUGACUCACACUAUCAUUACUUUUCAAAAAGAGCCAUUCGAUAAAUAAACAGUUCCUAUUUCAGUUCAGUGUUGUUUAUGUUUUCAAUACAUUCUUCUAUAAAAUCUAGCAUAAAUAUAUGUUGAACUUGUUUGUUUAGAGGAGCCCCAAACAUUUACUUUUACAUGAAGAAUGAAAUGGAGAAUUUUCUUUUGAAGCUUAGAUGUUUCUCACAGUAUUAUGUAGUUAACUGGAGUUUCAUGCAUACUCAAGGUCACUAGAUAUCUGAAACUCUCAGGAAACACAUUGUAUUAUUGUUCUUGAACCACUUGAGCAUUAUAGAUUGACUGAGUUAAAAAACCAUAUACUGGAUAAAAAGCACAAAGUUGUGUUAUUAUGGUCUACUUCAUGUAAUGCCAGAAUUUUUAACUUUGCUUUCAAUGUUUAAACAGCUCUCUCAAACAUCAUUUCAGAUAAUGAUUAUUUAAAUGAUCUGUGUGUAACAUGUGAAGGCUCACAAUAUUCUCUGCCCUCACCUAACCCAUACUACGAAUUUCCACUCUUCAUAUUUUGCAAUAAUUCCUCACUAAGCCUUUGGGCUAGAAAGGUAACUGAAAUGGCAGGAGACCCAACUUGCCCAGUCAGACCUAUCUGAGACCUCUCACCUCCAACCCCUGGGCCUGUCAGUCUCUCCAAUUCUAAAUAAGGAGAGAAAGAGAGGAAACAAUGCCUCUCACAGACUCUAACUUCUCCUUAAGAGACUACACUGUUUCUGUUUUUUUUCACUUUCACAUUCUUGGAAAGAGAGUUGACAUGUGUUACCUCAAUGUCCUCACCUCUUUCAGUCCUUGGAAGCCUCCUCAUCUCUGUGACGGGAGCACUGAUGUGCUUGGUCAUUUUCUGAACUUUCUCCACUUUUUACUUUUUAGACACUACAUGCUUUUGCUUCUCUUCUUAGCUCUUGGCCCAUUUCCCCCUUCUUUGUCCCCUUUUACUGAUUGUUCCUCCCCUGCCCGAAUCUUAAGUGGUAUCUAAAUUUCCAGUUGUAUUUUUUGCGCCUUUCUUUAGCUUUACAGAUCUCCUGGAGUGAUUUUACCCAAUCUCUUGGCAGGGAGUCUAUCAAUUUUUUCUACAAGUUCUGCCUCUUGGUCGAUCCUCUUAUCUGACAACCAGACACAAACAUGCAAUUGACCUUGAACUGCUCCAGCUGAAAGAACGAAGCACCUUAAACUCAACAUGUACAAAAAUCAGACAAUCAUCUUCUCUGUAAAACCCAACCUUUGCUUUGUGUUCUAUAUGGAUGUGGGUUAAUGUUAUCACUGUUGAUGGAUCCACUUGUCUUAAAAUGUCAGAGUUCUUCACCUCCUCCUCUAGCUCACUCCAGUAGCCAAGCAUCCACCAAAAUCUUGUCAAUUCUAUCUUGAAAUGCCUCUCAAAUUCAUUUACCCUCAUCUAUUCCACUUGUUAUUCUUUUAAAUAUGUCACAUAAUAAUAAUAUUAAUCUAUCAGUCUAGGUAAUUCUUUUUUUAAAUUUUUAAAUGUUUAUUCAUUUUUGAGUGAGAGAAAGAGAGAGAGAGAGAGCACACAAGCAAGGGAGGGGUGGAGAGAGAGAGAGAGGGAGACACAGAAUGUGAAGCAGGCUCCAGGCUCUGAGCUUUCAGCACAGAGCCUGGUGCGGGGCUUGAACUCGCAAACAGUGAGAUCAUGAAGUCAGUCGCUUAACCGACUGAGCUACCCAGGCACCCCUGUCAGUCUAGAUAAUUCUAUCUGCCCAGGAGUAUUUCUGAUUUCGGUAUCUCCCUCCUUCCCUUCACCUCCAUUGCAUUCUCUUUAGGGCUCCAGGAUGGUCUUUCCAAAUAUGCAUCUCAUCAGGAGAUGCCUCUGUUUACAAACCUAUAGUUCCUUAAGGAUCCAUAGCGUUAGGUGAAAAAAAAAAUCAUACAGCAGAACAUGAGGAAUAAUCCCAAUAUUAGUAAAACUAACACAAAGGCACAUAAAUGCACACACACUAUAUCAAAAUGUCGGUAGUGCUUCUCUGUUAUUGCUGAGUCAUGGUACCGGGAUGAGUUGUUUUUUCUUUUUUUUUUUUGCUUGCUCUUAUUUUCUGUACUGACCAUAUGUGACUUAAGUCAUGAGGCAAGAAUAUUAUUGAAAAAUAAACUGAUGGGGUAAAAAAGGAGCUGACUUAAGAAACUUUGGAAAAUAACGUUUUUACUAGAUAUUACAAGGCUAAAAACAAAAGGACUAUACAUAAACACUGUACCUGGCUGGUAAAUUCAUUUCUCACAGGAUUAUGGGUUAGCAAUUCUGAAACUCCACAAACACACAAGGGCUGAGUGGACAUGUAAAUAAACUGUAGACAAUGGGAUCCAGGUUUCCCACUGUCAGGGAUAGAAGUGACACAUAAGCAAGUGGAGAAGGCAGGAAUAAACCCUGUGGUGCAAGACUGGAAUUGGAAACAUCGGUUCAAACUCACAUUUAAUUUACUAUUUAGACAGAUCGAUAGAUAAAGAAAUAAUUACAGGCAUGUGUAUAUACAUGUAUAGAUCUCCCUGCUCUGUCCUUAGGACCUGAAGCAGUAAAACUGUCAUAUAACAGCAAGUAUACCCAGCACCUAGAGUUUGGAUUCCAGAUGUCAUUUUCCAACAAAAAGAGCCAAGUUUCCUUGGAGAAAUGUCUGAUUUCAGUCCUGGGUCAGGGAAAAUCCAAGUGAGAAUUAAGGUCAGGAGAUGAGAGCAAGGAUACUCCAAAAGUUCUAUGAAGAUACAGACAUGUCAAAGAGACCCAUUACUUUUGAGCUCCUUCUAUUAGGCCGUGUUGAUUUGCCAGAGUCUCACUUGAAUGGAAUGAACAGAGGCAAGAAUUCGGUUUGGUAUGUGCUCUAAUAAUGUGUACAAAGAACAGUUGCCACGGACAGCCCACGUCUCGAUGUGUGAUGUAGAACUCACAGUGAUAUCCUUCCAGAACUUGAUAUACAUGGAUGAAAAUUCCAAGGCUUCGCUCCCUUAGAACAUGUUCUAAAAGGAAGGUAACCCAUGGCAACUGCUCAACCUGCUCUCAGAUGACUCACCAGAGAACUUACGAGUGGAAAUCCCAUGGAAACAGUGCAGACAGAUUCACCUUGACCCCGGAGGUCUGGUUCCACCCAAGGUUAAAGUGUCUUUCCUCUUUCUACUCUGAAGCAAGUAUUCAUGUUUAGCCCCAUUGUCUCUUCCCAUUUGGCUGUCAGUUCCAUUUAGGUAGGCAAAGCCGCUUAAUUCUCACUGCCUUUAAAAUCUGAGGGUUCUUUCCCCUGGCUUCUGUCUCCUGAGAUGACUCACAGUGGUACACCCGUGUGCACACCUUAGCCGGACAAGCUGCCUUUUAGCAGGGGGCUUCCUGAGAUGGCCUAGCACUUCUAAACAGAGAAACACAUUAGGAGAUUGACCUCAGUCAUUUAGUCAUUCAUGUGUCUAAUGUUGGGAUUUAAGAGUCCCCUCACUUAUAAAGGCAUUUCGAGAAAAGAGGGGAAUGUUAAGAAAUUGUUUUAAAAAGAAGAAGAAAGAAAAUGGUAACUCUGCAACUUUUAUUUCUGUCUUGGAUAGUUAAACCUACAGAGAAGAUUAAUUUAUCUUGUUAGUAAUAUGUGUGUACGUGUGUGUGCGUGUGUGUGCAUGCACCUGUGUUUGACAAUCUGGGCAGACCAUGACCUUUACUCACCCUCGUAUAAUGCGCAAUUCAACGUUACCUUAGGUUGGGUCUCAACUUUUGGAGCCAGCCUAACUGGUAUGAAUCAACACUUCCUUCGCCAUUCAGGGUUAAGUCUCUUCACCCCCUCCCGACUGACUGGGAACCUAUUGUUGAAGGUCAGGCUUCUGCCCUCCCCACUUCCCCCCAGGCUGGCUGAUUCUCCCUCCAGGGUGGAGGAAAUACAGGAGACCUGCUGUGUUAGACACUGGCUCCCAACAGCUGAUUAUUAGAGAUCAGGAAAAUUGUGAGUAAGCUGUUAAACUGUUGGUAGCUUGAAUUCGGUCAUGGUGAGAGUCUCUACACCACAGAAAUUGGCAAAUGCUAUAAAUCAGGCCUUUCCCUCUCUGGGUAGCUGUUUUGCUAACACCCCACUGGGUUAGGGAAUGGGGAGUUCUCCCUGGCUCUCAGGGACUUUGAGCUCUCUAGACCUGUCAGAUUGUUCCCCUCUCCUCUCACGAUCUGCGAGUUCCUCAGAGACUCCCAUCAUCGUCGGAUACCUCUACGGUGACCUUGUACUUUGGCAGACCACUGCCGACCAUCAAUCAGCUUCUGGUUUUAGAUGCUCACCCCACAGACUCCUGUUGUUGGGGGUCCCUUUGCACCCUGGGCGGGAUCCUUGCUGAUAUUAUAUUAGUUUUCUAUUGCUGCAUUAAAAAUCACCAGAAACUUGGUGGCUUAAAACAACACACCUUCAUUAUCUCAGACUCCUGGGUCAGGGGUCUGGGUCCUCUGCUCAGGGUCGCAUAAGUUUCCAGAUAAGGUGUCAGGUGGGCUGACCUGAAGCUUGGGGUCCUCUUCCAAGCUCAUGCGAUUGUUGGCAGAAUUCAGAAUUCAGAAUUCGGUGGUUGUUAAGACUGAGGUCCCUGUUUCCUGGCUGGCCGUCAGCCAGGGGCUUCUUUUAGCUCCCAGAGACUACUUGAGUUUUUUGUUUUGUGUCCCUCUCAAAGGACCUUUGACAGCAUGGCAGUUUAUUUAUUUAUUUUUUUUAGCAGUUUAAUGGGUACAUUUUAGAGUCUUCCAUUUUGUGUGGAAUUAGAUCCUCCCCUUCAAAUGCUGUAGUUAGGGGCUCCUGGGUGGUUCACUUGGUUAAGCAUCCGACUUCAGCUCAGGCCAUGAUCUCGCAGCUCAUGGGUUCAAGCCCCGUGUCGGGCUCUGUGCUGACAGUUCAGAGCCUGCAGCCUGCUUCAGAUUCUGUGUCUCCCUCUCUCUCUGUCCCUCCCCCACUUGUGUUCUAUCUCUCCUUCAAAAAUACAUAAACAUUAAAAAACUAAAAAAAAAAAAAAAAAACCAAGUGCUGUAAUUAUCAUCGCUUCAAGUAAAACUUGAAUAAAAUAUUGAAACCUCAAAAAAAAAAACCAACAAAAACAUAAGUUAACUCUCUCUAUCCAGUUUGCAAAGAGAGUCUUACAUGAUGUAAUGAAUGUAAUGAUGGGGGCGGGACUAUCCCAUCAUCUUUGCUUAAUCCAGGGAGUGACGUUCCAACGCUUUGCCACACAAAGUCGCAUCAUCAGGAGAAUUGCCAUCUAAUCCCCUUUGCCAUAUUCUGUCAGCGAGAAGCAAAUCACAGGUUCUGCCCACAUUCAAUGGGAGGUGGGUGUAUAGAUUGUGACUCACUGGAGGUCACUUCAGGUAGUGUCUGCCUUACCGCUAUAUGUUCUACAUCUGAGCUGAGUUCUACAGACUUUUGACCCACUGUCAGAAGGGAGCGCAAUUUCCUCUCAACCCAGACUCAGCUUUCUCUUUAUCUUGCCACCAAAGCAGGCUGCUGGCCUCUCCUUCCCAUUUCUCCUGUGUUCCACUGGAGGGAAGAUGGGUGUACCCUUCUAAUGGUCACUUUGAAGCCCAUUGUCUUUGGACUUGAAAUAUUUUAAAGCCAGACACAGAUAUCAGAACAAUGUCCAUUGCUUGGAUUAUGUACGAUUCCAUUUUCUCCUAAGUAUCAGUUUUCCUGAAGCCGCAAGCACAUAUUUGAAAACAAAAUGCUUGAGGGAAUGAUACUACAUUAAUCUCACCCGGGAGUUUGAUGUUUCAGUGGACCAAGGGGGAACAUACAUUUUGCUGUGUUACUUCAUUCUUUUUUUUAUUUCUGAAAUAAACUGGGCAGACUGCAUGCUGCUUCCAAACUAUUGGAAGCUCUUCAUCCUGUCUCAGUGGCAUUAGCUGAAAACUGAUGUCUUAUAUGGGGCAUUAGUGCGAACACAAUGCCAUCUUUCAAGUAGAGGCAGGUGCUUUAUUUCAUGGCUCUAUACUCCCAGGUUAGCUCUAAAGGAAGAAAUUAGUCUCUCUCUCUCUCUCUCUCUCUCUCUUCCCCACAUUUCCUCCCUCCCCUCCCUUCCUCUCACCUCUAUUUCUCCUUUCUUGCUGUCUUCUCACUUCUAUUUCCUGCGUUGUUAUUUUGAUCUUUUCUAAUAAGAUAAUGGAUUGCUUGGUUCUUUGUAUUAAAUAAGACCGAGAGACUUCUAAAGGAAACUUAGUUAAAUUUCCAUUAUUCCACGUCAUAAGAAAGCUCUUCUAGGUGCAGUAACUUCUACAGUUUCUGCUUCAUGUUUCAAAUGUUAUGAAUCUGCAGGUUAUCCCUGCCCAUAACGUUGUGUCUGGAUGGCUCCACCCCUCUGUGGAGUCUUUUCCUGGUGGCCUUGUGUCCUUUCACCAGGUGUCAUGGAUUAUUUAAGUCCUGUGGGCAGGCAUUUAAACACUCAGGUUGCCUUCAGACAUUUAUUUUUUUUCUUUAAUUCGACCAUGUGCUGAUCACCUCUUAUCAAGGGGAAGAAGAUACACAUAUAAAUGGGGGAUGCAUCAUCGAACGAUGGUGACAUAAAUAAUGACACUUGAACAGUAAUUCUUGAACAUGUCCCUGGAAUGCCUUCCCCACAAAAUUGAAUAUUGGGAGAAUGGCAUGUUAAUUCCCCUUCAAAAAGCCACGAAUGAAGACUACAAUCUUAGGGGCUAGAAUUAACUUUAUCUUGUCUGCCUCCCUUCCUCUCUUGCUCCCUUCUUCUCUUCUUUCCUUCUCCCUUCCUCUCUUCCUUCUUUUUUUUAAAUUUUUUUUAACGUUUAUUUAUUUUUGAGACAGAGAGAGACAGAGCAUGAAUGGGGGAGGGACAGAGAGAGAGGGAGACACAGAAUCGGAAGCAGGCUCCACGCUCUGAGCCAUCAGCCCAGAGCCCGACGCUGGGCUCGAACUCACGGACCGUGAGAUCGUGACCUGAGCUGAAGUCGGACGCUUAACCGACUGAGCCACCCAGGUGCCCCCUCUCUUCCUUCUUUAAAAAAAUCUGGACUGGGAUCUCAGCUGACAGCUCAAUUAAGUGAAGUGAGCAAAGAUUUCCCAGCUGUUGCCAACUCAAAGGGAGUUAUGUCCAUAAAGAAAAAGCAGUCUUUCUAACCAGAAAGCACCAAAGAUCUUGAUCAUAGGCAGCACGGAUCAGUGCAAUCACAGGCAUGGACAAGGAGUCAAGAAUUUCUCUACAUUGAAUCUCUCUAUACAGAAUAUCUCUACAUUGUGCCUUUAGAAAAAAACGGAAAGAAAAUAUCUGGCUCGCAGAGAACUUGUACUGAGUAAUGAACUAUAACAGUGCUCAGCACAGAGCAGGUGCUCAGUAAAUACUUGUUUGCUGAAGUAACGUUUGAUUUGAAUGGACUCUAAAAUGCCUUCAUCUGACUAAGUGCCGUCUUACAUCAGCUUUCUCAGAGUAGUGUUUCCAUACAGGCAAACCUUCUAAUCCCCAGUAAAAGAAAAGAUUACAUAAAUAUUCAGUAACUUGAAGUUUUAAGUAAAUGCCCAGUGUCCUACCUCUAAACAUGUCUGCAGAUGAUCUUGGUUUGCUCCCUGGAGAAGAACCAAAUACUUUAGAUAAGGGGGGAAUAUUCUCUCUGCUUGUAUAGACGUGGCCUAACUUAAAAAUAAAUGUUUAGUUAAGAUGAUCUCCAGCUUGACCUUUCUGAAGGCACGGGAAGCUGGCUUGAGCAUAGCUGUCCAUGGCUAUAGAUUGGAAUGUCUCAGUGUAGGUGGAACAGUGUUCUCAAGGGAAGCCCUUCCUCAUUUACUAGCUGGGUAUGUUAAUACCCUUUGGUAUUUACCUCAGUCUUCAACAAGUCAAAAUCUGUGGGGUAAUAUAUACAGUAGAUAAUUCUUAAACCAACAUAAUACACUGAGAUGCUUGUAACUGAUGAGUGAGUUAGGCUCAGCCUUCAGCACUAUGAUUAAUCAUAUAAAUUUGUAAAAGGUGCAUAAUCGUAGCUACUGAGAGAGACUGCUAACUGUGCUUACAGAAUGUGCCUGUUCCCUCCUAUUUUCCUGGAGUCUUCUAGCUCAAAAGCUUUUGGGUUAUGGAUAGGUAAGUUGCAUUUAUCAAGAACCAGUGGAAGAAGUAUGAUGUUGGUAUUUAAAUCUCAUCUCUCAUUUAAUAUUGGGGAAAAUCUGCCCUUCUCUGAGAAUUAAUUUCUUUAUCUUACAACCGUGCAACAUCAGGGGCUGAGUGAGAUUUUUCAUGUUGUCCCAGAACCAUCAAAGACUCAAAGCUGGGAAUAUGUACCCCAAAUUCUAAGCCCCAGGAACCACAGAUACUGAGAUCUGCUAUCUCUUUGCAGGGCUUGAGAAGGAUUAUCCAGCAGACCUGGGGUUACUACUCCAUUGUCUUUCACCUCCUCCUGAUAUUUAAAAACAACAACAACAACAACAACUGAGAAGAGGAGUCUUUUGAAGGAACAAAGUGUUCACUUUCUGUCUUCAUCUCCUCCAUUGAAGGAAAGAGAGGGAGGUCCAAGAGAAUCGUUCAUAAACUUGGGAGUGGCUAAGGAAAGGCAGACUGACUCUUUAUUCCCUGGUUGAAUAUCUGCUUAUAUAGCAGAGCUGAUGAACUACCUCUGAGCUGUCAGUGGACCACACACUACUUCGGGACCUCAUGUAAACUCACCUUCAAAAUAUUGCCACAUGUUGCCAAGGACAACUGGUUGAGCCAUUGCUGCAUUUGGCGAGCCAUGCGGUCUAAAACUUGACAACAGCAGCCCAUGGGAGUAUGUGUUUCUAAAUUGCACAAGGACUCUGUCAGCUCACCAGAGAACAAGCAGGAGAGAGGCAGAGAGAGAGAGAGAGAGAGAGAGACAGAAUCUGAAGCAGGCUCCAGGCUCUGAGCUGUCAGCACAGAGCGCAACAACGUAGGGCUGGAGCUCACAGACAGCGAGAUCAUGACCUGCGAGAUCAUGACCUGCGAGAUCAUGACGUUGGACACUCAACUGACUGAGCCACACAGGUGUACUGAGGGUCAUGGAAUUUCCUUCUGAGGAUGGAGUUAACCACCAAAAAGGGUCACAGCCAUCAUGAGGAACAGACACCAUCUCUCUGAAGGCGCAUCAGAUCUACCAGAGUAAAAGACCAAGGUCACUCCAGGAACAAACUGGAAAUCAGGACAUGUUUGGAUGGAAGAGAAACAGAGCGCAACCGCCCGUCUGCCUCAUUCUCUGAUGUGACCUACAGAGAUUAGAGGCAGAAGCUGGGCUCCCAGAUCCUGCUAAAGGCCUCAUUGCACUCAGCUCCCACAGAGAGAAGCUGUGGUCAGAGCAGAGAAGACUUCGUCUGGGCGUCUCCACACAAGGUACAUCCUGAUUAUUGAAGAGCAGAUUGUGUACUGAAGGCUCCCAAUCGCUUUCAGAAGCUAAUAAAGGGCGACUUCAGCUCAGUUCACUGCCAAGGAGUGACCUUCAGAGACCAUGGCCCAGAGUCUGCAAGAGGAGGUGACCUGUCCGGUUUGUCUGGAAAUUUUCUUAAGCCCCAUUUUACUCCCCUGUGCACACAUUUUCUGCUUUCAUUGCGUGCAAAGAUGGAUGCUAGAACACAGGGAUCUGAAAUUGACCUGCCCCGUGUGUCGAGGGGUAAGUGACAGCCCCCCUUUGGAGGAAUGGCAAAUUGGAGCACUAUCACUUCUGUUCACACAGCACAGUGCCCUACUGGAGAAAAGUCUGCACGUAAGCAAUGAGUUGUUGAGGUUCCGGGAGGAUAUGACCCUGGAUACAAGCACCGCCCACUCCUUCCUCAUCCUCUCUGAUGACCUCAAGAAUGUUCGGUGUGGGACGAUCUGCCGCAACCCAGUGGAAGAUCCCCAGAGGUUCACCCACCUGGCCUGUGUCCUGGGCACCCCAUGCUUCUCCUCCGGCUGCCAUUACUGGGAGGUCGAAGUGGGACAGGCGGAGGAGUGGACCCUGGGGAUCUGCCAGGAAUCAGUCGACAGAAAGAGAAAGGCCGGUUUCUCCUCCGAGCAUGGCUUCUGGUUUAUCAGCAUGAAAGCAGGGACCAUCUAUACCAGCUCCUUCCCAGAAACCAGAAUUCCUGCGAGCCCUGAACUUAGCCACGUAGGAAUUUUUUUAGAUGUUGAGAUGGAAGAAAUCAAGUUUUUUGAUGUGAGAGGUAAUGCCCUCAUCUAUACACACAGUCAUCUCUCAUGUGUGGAGCCUUUGCGUCCAUUCUUCUGUCCCGAGCUGCCUAGAGAAAGUGACAGUGGUGCCUCCCUGAAACUCUGCUCAUGAGAAACUCAGCACUUCCUAGAAGAUUUCUCAGAGGUGAAUGAGACCUUUGACUCGAGAAAGGGCAGAAUGACCUAGAGAGAGACCAUGUGUGUAGUAGAAAGGUUGUGCCGAUUUUUGAAAUAGAUUUUGUAGACUUUGCAGCUGAAUAGUUUUUGGGGUGCAUUUUGUAGACUUCGUAGCUAAAGAACUAUGGGGUCUUAGGGGGUGUUAGUAAGCACUCUAAGCCCCAGUUUUCCUAGUCUUCAAGUGGGGAUCAUUAUAUCUCUCAGCCAAAUAGCUAUGAUGAUCAGAGACGAUGCUGUGCAUUUAUUUUGUACUAAAUACAAAUGGGCCAUUUCAGAUUGGAAGUUAAAUAAAAUAUUUUGUGGGUAGAGACAAUGCCUUUUUCAUUAUUUUAUGCCUUUUCUGCAAUUCCUGAUAAUGAUAGCUGUCUGGGAAAGAAGAAGGAAACAGCCAGCAUGAGAUAUUUUGACGUGAAGUUUCAGUGAGAGACGAAAGUACUGGGAAAGAACUACGUUUCUCAUUUUUGUUUUCUCCCAAACACAGCUGCCGAAGUUUUCCUGAAAGACAAAACUUUGAGGUGUCUCCAGUUAAUCGUGAU